AUGUAUACGACACCAUCCAAUAUGUCAACUCCACCAAGGCUCAGGCCUCUCUCAAUUCCGACAACUCCGACAAAAAAGGUAAAAGCGACCAGUUUAAAGGGUAAGCAAGCCGAAUUCACACCAUCGAAGGCUCCUAGAAAAUUUCAUUUCAUGAGAAAGGAGGAACCGUUUCGAGGAAUCGGGAUAUCUGAAUUAUUGCCAAGUCUAGCUAACAUUAUCCUAAAUCAGUCCAUAAAAAAUGAAAAGGCUCCAGAGCUGGAUGAGAUAGAAUCCCCUUACGCAUUUGAAAGUGACAAUACAUUGAGUUCAGAUAUUGCUUCGUUUAACUUAUCAAGUGAUUCUUCGUCAAUUCCUUCUUCAUCUCCAGAAUUUGAAGAAUUCUCGUUUGCUGAACCAUGGGUUGCGCCAUCGAUGUCAAAAAUAAAUGACAUGGCACUGAAUUUGAGUCGAAUAUAUCACUCCUCAUUCCUACCUUCUAUUGAAAAUUCAGGAUCUAAAACUGCUGUACCUUACUUGAAACAUAGACCAUGCCAUCGUAUUAAGAAACCUGGUAGACCUAUAUUAAGAUUGCACUCAGGUUCGCUCAAUCUUUUAGUGAGUUCUUCGAGUGGUUCUUUAGAAGAUGCCACAAUUUUUGCUACUGAAAUUAAUGCUUCAUUAGCAAGUCCAGAAGGUGAAAAGAUACCUUGUAUAAAAAAUUCAUUCGAAAAGGUUACGAUUCCGGUCAAUAGCUCAGUUAAGGAGCGACAGAAAAAGAAUAGGAAAAAAUUAUUGGGAGAAUGCUACGAAUCAGAGUCAGAGUCAGAAUGUACAAAUCAAUCUGAUACUUCUGAUGCGGCCUUCAUAAAGGGAUUUGAAAUAAAAUUAGAUGAGGAUAGGGAGAAAGAUUUUGAAAAAAGGGUUAAUGAAAUCAAAAGUGUUCAAUGGGCUAAAAGUUUGAUGUUAUAA